GCAGUGAGAAUGUGCAGACAGGUAUUUUCCCCCCAACAUCUAUUUAAGCAUAUUAAAACACUUCCCUUUUUUGAUCAGGAGUAUCAUUCGAUCCGACUAACAACAGUCAAUUUAUGGAUAUGAUUACGAAUACGAGUAUGGCCAUGUAGGCACACCCCUAGUCCUGCAGCACCGCCUGAAAAAUCUGAAAUUAAUACAAAUAAAUCCUAGCCAGGCAUUCAGACGUCGACACAGCAARUCCAGGAGAGAAAGAGUGAGAGAGAGGCGCUCGAACACUGGUUGCGACACUGUGUCCCAGUUAACAGCUUCACAGGGCUGUGCUCCUUUGCGUCUCCCACAAUGCUUUGUCAGCAGGCCUUACUGUCUGAGAGUGAGCCAGAUAAUAAACCCAGCCCAUUGUAGCGGUCAUUACCUCUAUUCAGCACCACACACACGCGGUCCAGUCCAAUCUUUUGUCAGGUUGGAUUAAUCUGAACAAUAACCCAUUGUGAGCCAUAACAGAGACAGCCUUCUGCAACAAUGUCCAGGUCAGGAGAUAUACCAGCCCUAGAGUCUGGGACCCCAGAGGGGCUCCUGGGAGGCAUGUCCCUGCCCAUUGGCAUGACCCGCCGUGCCAUGAGCUAUGAUGACAACAUGGAGGCGCCCAUGUCGCCCCCUCCCUCUGACAUCAACAUCAACAACCUAUGGGGGAGGAGGCCCGUGUUACCAGACAGGAGGUUCAGUCAUCUGGCCGAGGAGGAUGAAUCUGGAAAUGCCCUGACCCAUGCUGCCACGUUUGACGCUGGCCUCAGGCCACAUAUGCCAGUAGUGGUGAAAGCCAAAGCMUCCUCCAUCAUUAUGAACUCUCUGAUGACCAAGCAAACCCAGGACAGCAUGUACAGGUUUGAGCAGCAGGCUGGGCUGAGAGACACUGUCUACACGCCCCACAAGGGCCUCACUUCUGAGGAGACCCGCCACCACCACCGCAUGCCAGAGUCAUUCCAUAAAAUGAAUAUUCAAAGUAUGGACAUGGGAACAGGACAUAAGGGAGGACAUGAGGACAAGCAAACAUCAUCUGCUCAGUCCACCCCAAAUAGCACUCCUCAGAGCUCACCCAAACAGAAACGCAGGGGCUGGUUCACCAGCCAGAGCACAACUGUCACUAGCUCAGACCUCAGUACCAGCUCUAAUACCAGUGUGGACAUGGGUGCUGGUGAGGGGGGAGGAGCAGUCGAACGCUGGGGUGUCUUUGGACCACGUCUGGUGGUCCAGAAAUCCACUACCGACACCGGUGCGGACCACACAAACACAGGGGGUUUUGCUCUCCAGUCGUACCGCGGGGCCCAGAAGCCCACCCCCAUGGAGGUGAUGAAGGCCCAGGCCACUCGGUUGGCUGAUGACCCUGCUGUCGACAAACAGGCCCCACCCAAGAUGGAGAUCCCCACCAUGGAGGGCAGUAGACGGUCAGCCCGGCCGCACAAACUCAAACCUCGAGACAUGAACAUCCUCACUCCCUCAGGUUUCUAAGAGGUACCAUGUCAUCACUACUCCCUAAUGUUGUACUUGGUCAAGUUGUCGUAGCUGGUCUACCCUCUUUCCUCUCCUGACAUGAUCUGAAAUGAGGUCCCUUUAAUGUAUGUGACUGAAUCUGACAAUCUUCACAAUUUCCAAAAAGAAAAGCAUCCUGUUGUGUUUGAUACUAUAGUAUUAGUUUUCCUCCCUUGCACUAAAAUAGUCGUUUUUUUUUGGUUUCUAUUUGUGUGAUAUUGUGCCAUGUUGAUUUUAUUUUGCCUCAUCCUUUGUCUUGUAAGGGAACUGUGUAUUUUUACUUUGUAUUUAUGGUCCAACUGUGAAAACGUUCUGAUACAUGACAGUGUGCAAAUAGUUACUCUCACUGUUUGAUAAAAAAAAUGUAACGGCCACACUGUGUAGUGGUUUGAUCAUUCUGUUUGCUUGUGAAUCUCAUUCUCCAGAAGUAUCACUAGCUUUUCAUUGUCUGCAGAUUUAUAUGCCGAUAAGAUGUAAUGAUUCUCAUUGUCAUGUCUCCCAAGAACUUUGUGGUGAUUAUUGUUCACCCUCGAUGAAGUGUGGUUUUUGUGCAUCCGCAUUCUUCCUGUCAAGAUGACCCUUUUUGAAGUUAAAACGCUGUUAGUAAAACACUGCARUAGAAUAUUAAUAUGACAUGUUACAUAUUUACCAGUGAAGUAUGUAAUGCUUUGACUAUCCCUGUUCGGGUGUUUUUAUAAUUAUUUUUUUAAAUAGAAAAAUCAUCCAUAUACAUGGCUGUCCAUAUAUAUAUGUAUGUCUUCUGUGGACUUUGUUGUAAAUAUCUGAAUAAAAAAUAAUUCUAACAAUCA